UUUUUUUGGGUUCACCUUAUUCCCCCUUCCACCACCCUUUUCCCCUUUAUCCUCUCUUUCCCACCGUCUACCUUCCACCGUCAUUAUUCCCUUUCUUCCUCUCUUCUCCACUUCCCUUUUAUCCUUUUUCUCUCUCUCGUGAUUUUUAUAAUUCAUGGGUUGUUAUUCAAACUUGGAUUAGAAUUAGAUGUGUUUGUUGACAUUGCAUUGACUAUUAUCUACUUGAAAUUUGGAUUUGUGUAUUACAUAAUUCAUGGGUGAUGUUAUAAAUCCUUUUUUUAUAAGUGAUAAUCACUUCUUGCUUUCAUUUGCAGGGCUUUGAACGGAAAUUAUUUGGCUGAGGCUUCUAAGAUUUUGAGCUUUCAAUCUAAGGGUUUGACAAAGUUCUCUUGCAUAUUUUGUGUAAUUAAAUUUGAAAGUGAAUGUAAAAUACAAUUUGUUGUUUUGAUAUGGAAAAAUAGCGGUACAAAAUUAGUAAAGUACUGGUAUUAGGGGAUAAAAAUAGUUGAGAUUGAAAAUGGUUUUGUUUGUGCAUAAGGUCGAGAAUUAAUUUCAUCAAUGGAUUGGAAUAAAAAAGUUUUAGUUUUUUAGGGUGUGCCUUAUUUCUCCUCUUUGAUUGUAGCGGAAACAUAACGCACUUAAAAAGCUACUUGACAUGUAACAUAUAUAUUGAAUUUAGCUUGUUUCCUUAUCUUCGAUUUCUAUUCACUAGAAUGUAGUAUAGCAUUUGAAGCACUUAGGCAAAGAAUAUACUAUUUAUUUGAAUAUUAGGAUUCUUUAGAAGUAGGAACUGUUUCUUUUGUUAAAUAAACCAAUUCCCAGUCCUAUAAGGAAAAUCAUGUAUGACUAGUAAAAAUUAGGAAGGACCUCGUUUAAUUCCAAUACCAAUUAGUUUUCCAACUACUGAUGCAUUAUAAAUUAUUUCAAUUUACUCAUAAACGUGACUGAAAAGGCUCAUCACACCUCUAUCUCCUUUCUCACCGGCCAUCGUCUCCCUCUCUCUCACCUUCUCACCGUGGUUGCGAUUAGGUCUUUGCGUCUUUGAAGCUCAACAUUGGAUUGCUGUAUUGCGUUUUAAAGAACGUGUUGGUGUGUGGUUCUUGCAAGGAACUGCAAAAUGGUGUGAAAGCUUAAAGAUUUCAACAUAGAAGAAAACCAACCUCAAAACUACCGAAGUGAUAUUUUCUGUUUCUCUAGAUUGAAGAAAAUUUAAAUAAUUCUACCAGCUUAAAAGUAUGGAUUCGGAAGCUGCUCGAGCUGCACGAGAAUCUCUAGACCUGGCGUUCCAUAUGUCCAAUAUACUUGACACGGGUCUAGACCGCCACACACUUUCGGUUCUAAUUGCACUUUGUGAUCUUGGAGUCAAUCCAGAAGCACUUGCUGCUGUUGUCAAGGAACUAAGAAAAGAGAAGCCCUCGUUAUCAUCAUCACUUCCUGAGGCUCCUUCUUUUCCAUAAAUAAAUAGAUUUUUUUGUUAGAUCUCUUCGAUGUGUGCUGAAGUUCUUUGAUUGUUCUGUUAUAUGACCUUCAUUUGGUGUAGUGGCAUUGCUUUAGUACAAGGUUGAUGCGUUGCAAAUAGAAACUCAUUUGAAGGUUUAUAUCUUUGAGAUUAAAUUUUCACUUGGCCAAAA